UCAGAAGCACGGGAGGGUGAGAGAACUCACCAGAGCCAGAGCAGGGAGCAGAGCAGGCAGAAGGACCGAAGUGCACUGCUGAGGGGAGCAGCGGACGGCAGGAGAGGUCUUCGCGCCAUGUGGGACCCUCCUCCGGUGGCCGGGGAGCAGCUGGGGAUCGAACCUGUGCUGCAGAGGCUGCGGGCAGCUUCACAACCCAGCGCUCAACCACUGCGCCACCGGGGAGGCCCUAAAGCUGAUUAAUUUUUAAUGUGGUAAUCCUGAUGCCUACUUGAUAACAAGUUAUCCCUCAUGGACAUUUACCAACCCCUCCUUAUUCAAGGAUUUAGGUAACAGAUGGGAAUAGGCCUGUUGUCAACAGAGUUUCAUGGCAUCACUAGCAGGCUCUGUUUUCAGAUACCUUAACUGUAUUUUGUAACAACUACACACUAUUAUUUCAGUAUCUCCCAACAUUGUGAUGUGUAUAUUGAAUAUAGUGUAGGAGUAUUUUCAAUUUUCCCAAUCACUCCAUGAUAUGGGUGUUUUGCCAUCCUUUUUUGUACCUAAACCACUACUGACAAUGUCUGCAUGUGAAGUCAUGUAAGGCAUUUAUAUUUACUUGUGAUGAUGCAGGGUGUGAGAAGGGUGUAUAGCAGGAACCUCUAGAAAGAGGAUCUAGUGUCACUUCGGAGUCUCUAAAUGGGGCUGUUUGUACUAGAUGUCUGUCAGGAUGGCAGCGCCAUCAAUUCCAUUUCGCGAUAAUCAGGAGCAUGCUAGCAACUCACCGAACUAAGGCCUUUUAAAAAAUAGUCUGAGGGGACACAGGCUCAGCCCUGGCGGCCUCCAGCAUACUCUGGGCGAGCAGAGGGUGCGCGGAUAGAAUGGGGUCUAAGGGUACAGUCCCCUUCUGGGAACAACCAAACUUGGUCUUUUACUGACGACCAGGAAGGCAAAGUGUAAACCCCGAAAUGUCUUACAAGGAGUUUAAUGGCGAUGGCCGCCAGGGCGUCUUCCCCGCUCCACCCUUCUGAAGAUGCAGCUCCCGAAUUACAGGAGGGUGAGUGUGAGAAACCAAAUCCUAUGGGAACACAACAAAGCCCCUCUUUUCCGUCGCCACCCUAAAGCAGUUCUUUCGCCCCCCAGUUUUCUGGGGCGUCGCCCAUCAGUCCAUUCCCCCUAAUCGCUCCACUGAGCCCGCCUCUGGGCGGCAGCCCCACCCCGUAUGGACGCGCUUGCUGACGACGGCUGAGGCAGCGCAGAGUUUUAUGGGAAAUGUAGUCUCUGGAGCCCUCGCACUUAGCGCCAAGGACUCUGGCUACGCUUCCGUUUUCUGCGCCUGUGCCGCCAGCGUCCUCACCUUCUCCUGAAGUUCCCCCACGUCCGCUAGCGCUGCGGCGCCUACGAGUUCUCGUGGCUCUUGGCCAGCUCUCAGGGUACCAUUGGGUUUCCAGGUCGGCGGAUCAGGUAGGACACAUUAAAGACUUUAUAUCUCUCUUUUCUCCCUGAGUUGUACAUUUCCUCAUUUCCCCUUCCCUUGUAAAUAAACCUUUUAUUACCCUUUUGUGUGUGCCUGCAGUGGAGUAUUAAUAAGUACAAUUGUUACGGGGAAAAGGAUGUCCUAAAGCUAUUUCCAUACAGGGUUUGUGGACUCCACCCCUUCCCCCACUCCAAAUCCCGUCACCACCAAAGGGAAGGUGGCUGGGACCUGAGGGUGGGGUUAAGCAGCCAGGUUGAUAUAAAAGGCAGACACGUGGGCUUUGGGGGGGGGUCCCCCAUUUUGGCUCUCUGCCAGCUCGUAGCUUCCGGCCAGCUCUGAGAGUGCUUUUGGGUUUCCAGGUCAGCGGAUCCGGUAGGACGCAUUAAAGACUUUAUUUCCCUAUUUUCUCCCUGAGUUGUACAUUUUCCUUAUUCCCCUUUCCCUUGUAAAUAAGCGUUUUAUUGACCUUGUGUGUGCGCCUGCAGUGGAGUAUUAAUAAGUCCCUUUUAAGCACACGGGUGAGGACCUACAGCCAGGCAACCCGUUUUAUAUCGGGGCUGCUCCGUAACAGCUGGUGCCCAACGUGGUUUCCAAGCUACACCCGCGGUUGACCAGCCCAGAGUAACUUUCCUUGCGUUGGUCACCAUAAGCGCGCUAGGUCUGCAGGACCCGCAGUGUAAUAUUUGUCUCAAAUCUUGAAGUCUGCUUUUUGCCCCGUGCGUACAGCUCUUGUGGUUGUGUUUUUGAUCCAAACAUGGCCUCAACCCUGAGCUUAUGCAAUUUUAUCCCUAGCUUGAGUUCUUUCAGUUUUCUUCCCGCCUUGAGUUUAAGUAGCCUUUUUCCGUUAAAUAUUACCACCAGUUUUAUAAGUGUAAAUAAUUGGAUAAAACUUGGUAUAUGGCACAUGAUUUUACUUUUGUGUACAUAUGUGGGUGGUUUACAAGCCAUCCCUUUACAGUCUGUGCUUCUGGGUGUUUUUUUGUUAAUGUGUGUAUAUGCCAUUUGCUACAUUCCUGUUUCUAUGAGAGGUAGAUGUUCUACUUCACAUACUGAGAAUGUGCUGCAACAAAUUCAAGCUCUUAACUUAGCUAUGCAACAACAAAAUCAGGCUUUUGAUUUAACUAUGAAGAGUGUGAGGGAUGAAAACCGUAAGGUUUUUGAGUCAGCUUUUAAAAGCAUGCAGGAUCAAGCUUUUAAAAGUACACAGGUCCAGAUACAGGCCGCCCUCCAUAAACUGGAUAUGGCGGAGGCUCCACUGAUGGCACCGAGAAGAGAUAAACCUUCUCCUUCCCAUGAGGACUACAGGAGGGCGGAGUUAGAAGAGGAGGCGCAUCAUUUGCUAAAUACCUUAAACACAUCAGGACAAAGGCCUUCUCCACCUGACCAGGCCCCUCCCGCGCAGAAUCCUGAGGCUUCACAGCCUCCAUUGCCCUCCGGGGAGGAACCUAAAAUGGCGUCUCCUCCCCACACUAGACACGGCACCCAUUUUGGCAGGAAGGAUCACCCUGAGGCAGGACAGUUUCUUCACGCAGUGCCGAUGGGUGGCUUGAAUGAACAGGGGCGACCUGCUGGGCACUUUUGGUCGCACCAUCCUUUUAGCGUUGGGGACCUCCUAAAUUGGAGGAGCUCUGUCCCCCCGUACCGGCAGGCUCCUAAGAGGAUGGCGAACUUGUUUGCCUCCAUCUUCGUUUCCCACCGCCCUAACUGGGCAGAUAUACAGUUGAUGUUACAUACUUUACUAGGUCUAGAUGAGCAGAGGAUGGUAGUGAGGAGAGCCAGGGAGGAGGCUGACCGUCUCCGCCAACAGGAUAGGCAAUCCCCAGAGCCAGAGAUUGCUGUCCCAGAGGUAGAUCCUGGAUGGGACCCCAACGAUGGAGGACUGGCGAUGUUGGACCUGUAUAAAAAAUGUUUAUUGGUAGGACUGGAGUGGGGAAUCCCCAAACACAAAAAUUAUAACAAAAUAUUAGAACUUGAACAAGGGGCUAGUGAGGAUCCAUCCGAGUUCCUUGAGAGGAUUAUUCAGACGUAUACAGACCACACGGAUAUAAAUCCAGAUGCCCCACAAAAUGCUCGUUUGAUCACUAUGACGUUCAUCACAAAUAGUGCUCCAGACAUAAGGAGAAAGCUAACAAAGGUAGACGGCGUCACAGAGAUGAGUCCGUCCCAGGUAGUGGACUUAGCAUUUAAGGUUUAUAAUAAUAGAAAGAACAGGAGACCGAAACCUGCGACUGUUUUCGUACAAAGAGAGCACAGGACAGGGUUUCGGGGAAACCGUAAUGGACUGGUCUAUAUGAACUUUUGCUGAGCACACAUACUUUGAAACUUGCAGGCAUAAAACCCUGGGUACAUCAUUCCCGAGUUAAGAAAGCACCAGAAGGAACUGACCCAGAGACAAAGUCCCACUGGCCUUGUGAACCCAUUGAGGACUUGAGAUAUUUGUUUAAGAAACAGAAAAAACCUUGAAUGUGACUGACUUCUUUUCUAGUUAUUGUUGCAGGAUACCCAAGGACUCAUUUUCUUCUGAAGAAACCCUGAGGAAAAAAAAACUAACAUGCUCUAACCAAUCUUAUUCCUUUCAAAGUUUAGGAGACGUGAAAUAACAUCUAGGAUCAUGCAUGUGCUGGCAGUAUUCUUUUUUUUUUUUUUUUUUUACACAGAAAGGUUUUCUAUCUUGAUUUUGUUAUUUCCUUUUUAACUUUUUGCUUUUUUUAACUUUGAGGUUUUUUUUUUCCUCUGCUUUCUUGUUACUUUGGCCUAUGAGUGAAACUGCAGUUGUAUGAGAUAUCGCACGUGUGAUGAAUGGUAACUAAAGAGCUCUUUGUGUCCAUAUGUUGUAUGUCUGUAUGUCCUCUCCUUGUGUCCUUGUCUUGGCCUCCAGUGAUUGGCAAAUUGGUAUGCAUGGUGCGCAUAGACGUUGGGGAAAAAAAAAAGUCUCCAGUUAUGAGAAGAACUAAAGGUUAUGGUUUGAUUGUCAACACUACUACUGAACUAAGCCAGUGCCUUCAUAGAGAUUGAAUAUUCUUGUUUCUGUUGUUUUUCUGAUAUUUGUGGCAAAGCUUCCCAGGAAUCUAAAUUCAAGUACAAAUUUGGUAGCCUGUCAUUUGGCUGAUGCAAGGAAAUUUGUGGAACCUCAGUAGAGCUCCUGGGACACUCCACAAAGUUUCUCCCUUUCCUCCUAGGAAAGGCAUUAGAUGAAUUUGUUCUAUUUGGCUUUUACCUAAUGAAGUAAAACUGGAAGGGAAGCAUUGUCACUUGGGAAAAUGGUAAAACUUUGGCAUGUACAGAAAUGUUAACAGUGGUUUUCUAAAAUGUGUAUAAAACCUCUCAGUACCUGAUAUGUAUGUAAAUUGCCCAUGGUGAUUGUCGCCUUGUAAUAGUGUAUACUUCGAUUGUUUAUUGACAGAAAUUGUUUCUGGAAAAAUAGGGAGAAAAGACCUCAACAGAUUACUAUUGAUGGAACUGUUGAGAGUACAAAUUUCCUACACAGGACUGAAUAGACCUGAUAUUUACUAAGUUUUCUUUAACAUAAUACUGGUAAUUUUUUUUGCAUUUUGUUCCGAAUCCACAAAGGUUUUUUUGUUGUUGUGAGUAACCAGGACCUGCAGCAAGGUUGCGGUUUUGCUUUUUUUUUUCCCCAGCAAAGCUAACUUGUGUUCACAUUUUCUCUCCCCUUGAUACCAACACAGCAUACACAUAGUGGUAGUAAUUUUUUUGCUACUUAUCUCAGUCUGUUUUUGCAUAACUUCCAUAGGGAUUUUGUCUGCUUAAGCUAAAAAAAAAAAAAAAUUGGACAUGAAUUUCAUUGUGUGGCUUUGUGUGGAGUUCUUCCAGAGAGUUGAAACAGAGCUGAACCUAGAAGAGAAGAACCUGUUUGCUUUGUUUGUAGGGUUCCAGAGACCUCCAAAGAAGGUGAGGAAGCUUGCCUCCAUUGGCAGGACUGGACAGCCCAGCCAACAAAAAAGUCCUGGUACCCUCGAGAAGAGGAAAGCCCAGGUGGAGUCUGAUGAGACCAACUUUGUUCCUGAAGCCUGCACGGACCGGAUGCCAACGGUUUGCUCUGAUCCUAUAUGGAGUAUUCCAACAAGCCAGCUAACAUUGCUGUUUAGUUAUUCUGCACUGUGAUUUUAUGCAAAAAUAGGUAAAAUGGUUUAAAAGUAGAUUUAGUUUGCAAACUUUGCUAUGCUGUUAAAAAGUUUGGGAUCAAGGUUGAGAAAAUUUGUGUUCUACAUAAGUUGAACCAUUUUAAGAUUUUUUUUUUUUGCUGUGAUUUUGACGUAUUUGCUGUCUUGUUUUGGCUAAUGCCUCCAGAUGUUUGUUUGUUGGUUUUUUUUUUUUGCCUGGACUGAUGAACUGUUUUUCCAGGAAUGGAGGACUUUUGCUUUCCACAAUGGACAAUACCUGGAGGGACUGGUUUUCUUUAACACUGGAACCCAGGAAAAUUUUCAUGAGACUGCAUCCCAGCAUCCAUAUAUUCGAUUUUCAUCACCAUGGAAAUGGUGGCAAAAAGUGAAAGGGGGUUAUUGUUAGGGGGGGAAAGGAUGUCCUAAAGCUAAUUCCAUACAGGCUUUGUGGACUCCACCCCCACCCCAGACCAAAGCCAUCAGGACAUUGGGAAAGACAAAUCCCAUCACCACCAAAGGGAAGGUGGCUGGGACCUGAGGGUGGAGUUAAGCAGCCAGGUUUAGUAUAAAACCAGACACGUGGGCCUUGGGGGGUUCCCUUUUGGCUCUCCGCCAGCUCGCAGCACUCAGGGUGCCUUAGGGUUUCCAGGUUGGCGCAUUGGGUAGGACGCAUUUAAGAUUUUAUCUCCCUCUUUUCUCCCUGAGUUGUACAUUUCCUCAUUUCCCCUUGCCUUGUAAAUAAACCUUUUAUUACCCUUUUGUGUGUGCCUGCAGUGGAGUAUUAAUAAGUCCCUUUUAAGCACGCAGGUGAGGACCCACAGCCAGGCAACCCGUUUUAUAUCGGGGCUGCCCUGUAACAGUUCCUUUCCCGCGUCUGUGCCACCCGCUCCUUACCGACUCCUGAAGUUCCCGAGCGGCUGCCAGUGCCGCGGCGCCUAGGAGUUGUGAGUGGACUUUGUCUCUGCAGGUUGGGCUUGGAGGGGACGCUGCGGCCCUGAGUGAGUGUGAAGACAAAGGGGAGUCUGCGUUGGGGAGGCCCUGAGGGCAGGUGUGGGGGAAUAGAGCCACGUGGCCCCGGGUCGUGAGCAUGGGGAGGGCCCAGACUGGGGGAGGCCAGGUGUUAUGGGGGCCCUGCCCUUGAACACAGUCCCUCCAGUUGACAUCCCUUAAUAUUUUCAAGAGUUCUAAGGGUGAUUAUGACGACCGUUGGUUUGGUCAUGGAAUUUAAAAAUUCCUCGCCCCCACUAUCAUCUUGUAGGCAUUCUGAGUGUGGCAUCGAGCAGUCACAGCAUUUGCUGUGUAAACAUCCGCUCAUGUGUACUGACGUAGACACCGCAGCUGUUUUAUUCCUGGAAGUUGGGUGGUUCUGCAUUUUGCGCGAUUUUCCCCUCCAGGCAGGUCCUUUGCUGGUGUUGCCACGAUGACCCAGGCAGGAGGCUGUGUUAUCCAGGGCCAUGACUAGGGCACUUGGGUGAGAAUGUCACUUCCCAUCUGGUGGAUUUCUGGUGGCCGUUGCUCAGCCGUGUGCCCCUGACCGGCUGACGCGCAGUGUAUUCCAGGAUGAGUGUUCCUGGAAGGCAAGUAUCCCUGGAAAAAAACCUUCAUCCUAUGCACAUAUGCACGGAUUCCCUGUGGGCAAACAUCCAGUGGCAGACCCCCAAGUCCUUGUCAAAGUGGGGUGUACAAGGAAAUGAAGAGAGGAAGACAGGGCUCUUGGAACAACCAUUUCUGGGACACCCCUACCAAAAAAAUAUAAUGAAAUAUUGUGUGUGUGUGUGUGU